UUCAUUUAUCUCUUAAUGAAAAAGAGUGAUCUGAUCAUAAUAUUGUUAUAUGUAUGUGAUCAGAUGUCAUCAGAGGGCCCAUAUCACAAUGAAUUUGAUUUUGAGUUCCUGGGCAACACCACAGGGGAACCUUACCUAGUACAGACCAAUGUAUAUGUCAAUGGAGUUGGCAAUCGGGAACAAAGAUUGAACCUCUGGUUUGAUCCCACUAAGGAUUUUCAUUCGUACUCACUUCUGUGGAAUCGUCGCCAAGUUGUAUUCUUGGUCGAUGCGACGCCGGUUCGUGUACAUUCGAAUUUGGAGCACAAGGGGAUUCCAUAUCCUAAAGACCAAUCCAUGGGAGUUUACAGCUCGAUAUGGAAUGCUGAUGAUUGGGCCACACAAGGUGGGAGAGUGAAGACUGAUUGGUCACAUGCCCCUUUCAUUGCAAGCUACACGGGAUUCGAGAUCGAUGCUUGUGAGUGUCCUGAGGUAGUGGCAGCUGUCGAUAACAUCAAGCGAUGUAGCGCCGCUGGUGGCGAGAAAGGGUAUUGGUGGGAUGAGCCAACAAUGUCGGAACUGAGCCUCCACCAGAGCCACCAGCUUCAGUGGGUUCGGGCCAAUCACAUGGUUUACGACUAUUGCAAAGAUACCUCGAGAUUCCCGGUCGCUCCGGUCGAAUGCCUGCACCAUCACCACUAGGGAUGUGUUGAUCUUGGAGUGUGUCAAUUCCAUUGUAAAGAUGUGAUAAAGCUUUCAUCAUUUGUCACACCCCGUGUUAAAUAGUUUUGAACGUGCACUAUGAUGUAAUAUAAUGUGGUGAAAUUAAUUUUUUAUUUCCUUCUUUGCGUCCA